GCUGUACCGGUAGUCAUGGAGGGCUGUAUACAAUUCUGUGGACCGAUCGACUUCCUUCAUUCAAAGCGUUUCAUGCUGAACAUCAUUGUACCAAUAUGCAGAACAAUGAAGUAAUCGAUAAAUAGGAGAAUGUUCCUCUUUAUAAUCUUUUUUAUGACUGAAUAGGCAUAUUCAGCUCAGACUCGGCAUCGUCUGGUUUGUGUUGGUGUCGAAUCAGAUUCGCCUCAUUGACGUUAACCGGGUGGAGCUGUGCCAUUUUUAAGCCAAGCCUCUCCGCCGCCCCUCCGGCGUUCGCCCGUGCAGGAGGUCGAUAUGGAUGACCAAGGUCCAAGAUGACCAAGCAUGACCAGAGUCUUUGAAAGAAGUUCUGUUUUCAUAAUCUUGGACUAAUUCUAAUGGCAUGACACUGCUAGUGAGCAUUGGUAGUGUACAUGUAUGUGAUGUUAUUCUGGCUUUCCUUCGCUAUAAACAAAGGACUCUUUUUAUUUUGAAAUUCAAGUGAAAUAAUUUCAAGUCACUCGACAUGCGCAUGCUCGACUCAAGUCAAGAUAAAUCAUUAAAUUCUGCCCUGGCGUGAGUUUUAAGACAAUAAAUAGCUAGUAGGUCUAGACCUAGGAUCUUUGGAUUGCCACGUUCAUUAUUGAACGGAAACAGUUGGAUGUGAAAAAGCAACAGCAACUGAGCAAGCAACAACAGCUCAGCAGGACUGGAUUCUAAACUAAAACUUUAAAAGAGACAAACAGUCAACAACAAGAACAAUAUUUUCCAAGAUGAAAAGUCUUAUUUGGUAUGGAGGAAGUCUCCAUGUCCUUUACAUCAGAAAACUGAAAGCUGAGCCAAGGCCAAGCUGAGUCAAGAGUGAAGUGCCGUGGAACUGGUUGAAAAUUAAUUUGAGUGCAGUCCUCAAUUUAUUAAAAGUGCAAUAAUAUUCAUCCAGAUUUUAACUUCAGGAUGGCUAAACAAACGGUCUUUAGUAAUUUGGCUCAGGGAUGUGGAUCGUGGGAUGGUGAUUUGCAGAAAGAACUUGGAAAAAAGUCGAAGCUACUUCCACACCGAUCUUUGGACGGCGAGUCCUAUGACCACCUUGAUAAAAGGGUCCACAUUCCAAUCCGCAUCAAAUCACAACUCUCUCAGAUCAAAAGCAUCCUUCGAGAAGCAUCGAAGAGGUACCCGCAACACUCAAAGGCGGCAGAGCAAAGCUUGGCCGAUGUCAUCAAGCAGAAGACGGAAGGCACCGAGUACUCUCGUCCGCUUGGCUCGGUGAAGAACCGUCCUCGGACGGGCGUGAUCCGCCCCCACAAGCAGCAGCACCGGCCCAGCUUGGGCAGCGGACGCCCGCAUCGCCUUCACCAGCGAGCGAAGAGCGCUCCUCUCUCUCGCCCGACCUCCCAGAGUCAGACCUCGUCAAAGAGGAUAGACACAGCCUUGCCAAAAACGCUGACGACAAGGAAGGGCGCCCUCAUGAUAUUCACAUCGCCCAAGAAUGUGGCGUACUCUGUGCCGGAGCAGAGGUGUUAUUACGUUGACCCAGAGGCCGUGAACCUGGAUGACUGGGCCUCUGACUUGCAGUCUUUCAAAAGAUUAACCCAUAGCGUGAUGCAAUAUGGAUCAGAGAUCGGUGAUGACUUUGAGUCUCUGGCAUCUGACUACGACACAUCUUGCUUCAGAUUUCUACGCAAAGAAGAUGACACUGGUGUGGAUUACAGAAUACAGCCUGGUGGUGAUUUUGUCUUCUACCUCAAAGAUUUAAAGACCAAAGCAGCUGUAAGGAGUGUUGUAUCAUCGCUCUCUUACGGCUCCACACCAAUACUCAAUGAGGAGGAUGAACCCGAUGAAGCACUUCAAAGACUAGAUGAAGCUGAAGCUGAUAGUGGAGCGCAGGACGAAGAUGGCCCCGCCCCUAAUGUGGAAUCGCUUCGCCAAUCAGGGAUGGAACACAGGAAUGAAGCGUGGGCGAGUCGAGCAGACACGCCCAUGAACUCAACCGUUGCCGCUGAGGGAAGCAUAAGUGGGGAUAUGCGUCCUGCACCAAGGAGUCCUACUGCGCAAUCGGUUGAAUCAAAUUUGAUGACCAGACCGGACACUGCGAGGUCAACCAGGUCAGUUACAAGUCUCAGAUCAGGAACCCCACUGUCUCUCAAGGAUCUGACAGCAUCUCUGAAGUCCGGUGGCUACCUUGGUCGUCCAGUGAGUGCCCCGUUCCCACCCUACUCCCCGCAUCCUCGGACCGCAUCACUACCACCAGAAGAAGAGGAGGAGGAGAUGGAGGAUGAGGGGGAGGUGGAGGAAGGGGCUAGGUCCUUGAGCUCUCAUUCCCGGCAGUCCUCCAGGCCACGCUCCAGCCGUCCAAGUUCCAGGAGAACCCAAGGAAGCGUGGCACUUGCAGAUGAAGCCAUUGAUUCAGCUAGUGUUAUGAGUGACGGGAGGAGUUCAAGGGGGGCUGCUAGGAGCAGGAUGUCGUCAGCAGGGGUGCGCUCCCAGCAAGGGAUGGGGGAGGAUGGUGUUGUGGAGGAAGGGGAAGAUGAUGACUGGAUGUCUGAAGAUCUACCGGAGUUUGGGGUCGAGGACCUAGAACCUGAGGCUGGCUUGCAACCGUUGAGUGAUGAUGGUGGUGGAGAAGUGGUUGAAGGGGGGCAAGCUAACGCCCCUGCUGGUCCUAGAAGCCAGUCAAGGGCAUCCUCGGUGCCCCCCAGGAUAUACACCCCUCAGACCAGGUCCUCUAGAAGAUCAACCCCACCCCCUGAGGGUGACGAGUGGCCAGGAUUGGGAGACAUUGGUGGAGGAGAUGCAGAGGUGGCCAGGAGUAGACCGCCCUCGGGGGUGGCACGGACGAGCUCGGCCAAGUCGAGACAGUCAAGCCGUGGUAGACCUGGAACAUCCGGUUCAGCAAGGACUGUUGGCCUAGGUGAAAAAGACAUUCAGGAGGAGAUGAUUCCUUCAGAAGAAUCCCAAGAACAGCCUCCUCAAGGGCAAGCUCAAGGACAAGGUGACGGAGACACUUUACAACUUUUUGGUGAAGGAGUCGGUAUAGCACAAGAAUCAGAAGAAAUCGUCAAGUCCCCUUCCAUCCCUUCACGCCCUUCCACCAGCCAUAGUAAAACUGCACCUCAGCCGCUCAUCGAAGACCCACCCAAGCCCCCUACCCCACAACCCGUGAUCAUCACCCCCAAAGUUCCCCCACCAGUCGUGCCUCAGAUUCCCACCCCGCCGGUGACCAGAGUGAAGUCUGCUGUAGGGAAGGUCAAGGUUGAAGCAAAGGCUGAGGAGAAGAAGACGGCCAAGGUUGAUCUGAGUGGUUUGCAGAGCAUGGUGUCCAAGAAGCCUACUGGGUCUUCGAUUCCCAAGCCUGAGAAGAGAAGUCCAAGCCCCAAGGCCAAGAAAGGAAGACGAGGGAAGAAGGGCGGGGGUUCAAGCCCCAGUAGGAAGUUUGCCGGUGUAGAAUUCAUGGAUAACCCUAAAGGGAGCGCAUAUGAUGGACCAUCAGAAGAUGAGAUUGCUAAGAUGAUACAAGAAGAGCUUGCUGAACAACUUGCCGAAGCUAACAUUAACCUCGAAGCUGAAGAAGAGCCCAAGGAAGAAGAAAAAGAUCCAAAUGACACUGAUCGCUUGUCUGUUGCAACCGAUGACGAGGCUAUCGAAAAAGAGAUUAAACAACAAAGCAAAGCGGAAAAGGGAAAUAAGAAGUCCAAGAAACAGCUGGCCAAGGAAAAGGCUGCCCUCAAAGAAGCCCGAAGACAGGAAAAACAGCGAAGAGAAGAAGAGAGGAAAGCACUGGCUGAGAAGAAGAGGGCAGCAGAGGAGGAAAAGAGAAGAAAAGAAUAUGAAGAACAAAGACAGAAAAUGGAGGCUGAAGAACAGCUUCGGGAGGCUGAAGAAGAGGCCAGGAGAGCGGAAGAAGAGGAAGAGGAAGCAAGGUUGAUGCUCCAAGAAUCUCGGAGAGCCGCCAGGGAAGAACGAGAAAGAAAGAGGAAGGAGGAGAUGGAAAAGAAGAAAUUGGAGAGGGAAAGACAGCGUGAGGAGAGAAGGAAAAUGGAGGAUGCUGCUCGACAGAGAGAACGUGAGAUGGCGGAACGCUUGGCGGACGCUGCAGAGAGGAGGCGCAUGAGGGAAGAGGCCGAGUGGGAGGCCGAGGAACGAGAGAGGGAAGAACGAGAAAGACGAGAACAGGAAGAAGAGGAAGAACAGAGGAGGAUGGAGCAGGAAGAAGAAAGGAUUAGGGAGUUGGAAAGACAGGCUGAGCAAGAGGCUCUGGAGAGAUUGUCCCGUGAGCGACGGGAAGCCGAAGAAAGAAGAAGACUUGCAAGAGAAGAGGCAGAGAGACAGAAAGAACUAGAGGAAUUAAGGAUGAAGGAAGAACUGAAGAGACUAGCAGAGGAGGAGGAGAAAGAGAGACAGCGUCAGAUACUCGCUGAGAAGAAGAGACAGGAGGAACUUGAGAAAAUAAGAAAAAUUCAAGCGAUGGAGGAAGAGGCCCGUGCACGUGUCCAGAAGAAGCUCGAGAGCCGUCGUCUGUGGGCUUUGAGGCGUCGGGAACGCAAUAACGAACAGCGGAGCCAUCUGAACGGAAUGCGCUCCACCCAAGGCAUGACCAGACCUUGGGUUUUUAGUUACUAUGUACUCUGGCCGCGGGAGACUUACGAAAGGCGACUUCCUUCCAAGGAGAAGAAGAGAGGGUUCCGACCCCGCCCGAAGCCCCCUUCGGCGCCACCGCCGGCCGGGUCAGGAAAUGCAGCAGGACCAGUUUCUGGUCAGGUAACGACUGGGUCUUGAAAGGUCUGGAAGUCAAGAGAAUUUUGAGAAAUCCAUCUCUGUAUCCCCCGGAGAAGGCUUUCAGACUUACAUCAGGGAAUAAGUGCACUAUAUUGUUUUUGAUUAGCAUUUCUAGAUAUAAGAGAAAAGCUUUCAACUGUAUUCUGUACAGUCCUAUGAAUCAAAAUUGCUUUAUAAAUGGAAAUUUUGUGUAGCAGUGACAUAAAAAAAGGUGUGCAGCAAAUUGUGAUUUUUUUAAAGAAAAUGUCCUCUGUUGAAAGAAAUGUAUAGCUUUGCCAAAAUGUAUGACAAUCAUGCAUGUCGAGUGAAAAUAUUUUUGUAUUAGGGCAUAUGCAGGUAGGAUACAUGAGGAAAUUUGUUCAUUUUGUUCAAUCUUUCUGGUGACAAUUGUGUUAUUUGGUCUUAUGUAUAUCUAUAGUUGUGAAAUGAGGUAAAAUAUUUGGCACUUGUUGGCACAUAUAUAAUGGUUAGAUUAAUCUGUACAAUAAGAUGUUUAUUAAAAACAGUCUAACUUUGUCCAGAAUUAAAAAAAAUCCUGAUUCAGCGGGUAGUCUAUCAUAAUUGCAAUCCUUUAGGUCAAACAGGAAUGACCAAAGCAGUCGUUUUUAUGUGUUAUGAUGUCGCUACAUAUGGUGAUAAGGAAGAGGUAUAGUUUUAUACAGUACCCCUUGAUCAAAACCAAGUUUUUCGAAUUUUGAAAAAAUCGAUUAAUCCCUUUUAUAGCAUGUGUGUAUAUAUUUAUAAUGUGUGUAUAUGGGUCCAAAUGUCUUGCUGUGUCUUCACACACUUUGCUCUUGUUAGCUGUAUUUUUGUAAAAAGAGAUGAUUAAGAAUUAGACAAAAAUCAUGCAUUCAUUUUCUUGAAGGAUGUGAAAACUUCUGUCUAUGAUUACCAUGAUCAAAUAUGAUUGUUUAUUCAUUUACAAAUGUAUAAUAAAAGUUGGUCUAAGGACGGUGUAUUGUAUUUUUCAUUUUUAAGACCAAUUUUAAGUUGCAAUAUAUUUUUAAUAGAUAUUGUUAAGUAUUCCACUGUGUCACACAUUUAUAUAUUUUUUAAGAUCAAACUUUUAGACGAUCAAUUUAAAGCCAUUUAUUCUUCGAUAUCUAGAAUAUAUUUUUUUUAAUUUGGAAUGUUUAUUUUGUUUACUAAGUUUUGCACCAAUAAGAUCACAACACCGCACUACUGUUAUGUAUGUACAUGCUAUAUUACACUACAGCCUGAGUGCCUGAAUGCAUUGAAGUCACUUUCAUAACUUUUCCAAGUUUGAAUUCUGGAAAUCUAAUAGGAAAUGGUUGGAGCAAUCCUAAAGUGUUGGUCAUAUGCCAGAUU